CUCUCUCUCUCUCUCUCUCUCUCUCUCUCUCUCAGCAUCCUUCUGUGAGCCUGUAGGUGAUACAGCUACAGCAGCAUCCAUGGCCUAUCUUUUGCCUUAGCACACUCUCAUUCUGUUUUUUCCUCCGCAUUUUAUUUUCUUCUGGCUGCUGCACCAACCAUGUAUCUAAGACACUGGUUUUAAGGGCUUACAUUAAGCAUCUGAUAACUGGAAUCGUAAUUUCCUGUAUUUUUUCAGGCUCUGUGGAAACUGAGGAAUGCAAUUCUGCCACCAUGAUGGAAGGAUUGAAAAAACGUACAAGGAAGGCCUUUGGAAUACGGAAGAAAGAAAAGGACACUGAUUCCACAGGAUCACCAGACAGGGAUGGAACUAAGAGAACAAAUGGUGCUCCAAAUGGGUUUUAUUCAGAGAUUGACUGGGAAAGAUAUAAUUCACCUGAGCUUGAUGAAGAAGGAUACAGCAUCAGACCAGACGAACCAGGCUCUACCAAAGGAAAGCACUUUUAUUCCUCAAGUGAAUCUGAAGAGGAAGAGGAGGCACACAAGAAAUUCAACAUUAAGAUUAAGCCCUUGCAGUCUAAAGAUGUUCUUAAGAGUGCGGCAACCGUUGAUGAACUGAAAGCUUCUAUAGGCAACAUUGCACUUUCACCAUCUCUAGUGAGGAAAAGUCCGAGGCGCAGCCCGGGUACAAUUAAAAGGAAUUUAUCUAGUGAAGAGAUAGCAAGGCCCAGACGUUCAACACCUACUCCAGAGCUUCUAAGCAAAAAAGCCCCGGAAGACUCCACAGUACUAGCACCACUAUUUGGUCCACCUCUGGAGUCUGCAUUUGAAGAAGAGAAGUUAGAAGCUCCCAUAGAUCACUCUGAGGUCUGGGGUUCUGUGCAGCCAGCAAGUCCAAGUGUAGAAUCACCGAAUUCAUCACGACCUUUUCCAUCUGGAACACCUCCACCUCUUCCACCUAAGAAUAUUCCAGCUACACCUCCCCGCACUGGUUCUCCUUUAACAGUUGGAGUAGGAAAUGACCAGACAGCAACAGAGGUCAAAAGUGACAAACUACCAUCAAUCAAUGACUUGGAUACCAUUUUUGGCCCAGUAUUAUCCCCCAAGUCUGUUGCUGCUGACGCGGAGGAUAAGUGGAUCAGUUUUUCUGAUCAGUCCCCGGAAAACGUAACUCCAGAGGUGACUUCACGGGAAAAGGUGGUGUCCCCGCCUGUGGCAUCAGAAACCCCAGAUGAGCCUCCAGAGGCUGAAACCUCUCGCAGUGUUCCAUCUCCACUCAAUUUAGAAGAGGUUCAGAAGAAGGUUUCUGAGCAGACCCACGUUAAAGAUGAUAACUUAGCACCACCAGCAUCUCCUAAAGAUUUUGGGGUGGGACAGAGAGCAACGCCACCUCCCCCUCCACCACCUACCUACAGAACAGUGGUGUCAUCACCCGGACCCAGCUCUGGCGGUGGCACAGGAAGCACCAGUGGUUCAUCAUCUCCUGCUCGACCUGCAACCCCGUUGGCAUCCUGCAGCAGUCCUACUCCCCCACCUCCUCCACCUAGACCCCCAUCUCGUCCAAAAUUGCCUCCAGGGAAGCCUGGAGUUGAUGUGUCCAGACCUUUUAGCCCUCCGGUUCACUCAUCCAGCCCUCCUCCGAUAGCACCUUUAGCACGUGCUGAAAGCACCUCUUCCAUAUCGUCCACCAAUUCCUUGAGUGCAGCUACUACUCCAACAAUUGAAGAUGAUGCUUAUGUUGACAAACUGCUCACGUUUGAAAGGCAUUGUGAAACUCCUGCAGAGAAUGAACAGCCUUCCCUCGUCUGGUUUGACAGAGGAAAGUUUUAUUUGACUUUUGAAGGCUCUUCUAGAGGACCCAGCCCCUUAACAAUGGGUGCACAAGACACUCUGCCUGUAGCGGCAGCUUUCACUGAAACAGUUAAUGCAUACUUCAAAGGAGCAGAUCCUAACAAAUGCAUAGUGAAGAUUACUGGAGAGAUGGUGCUGUCGUUUCCUGCAGGAAUUACUAGACAUUUUGCCAAUAAUCCUGCCCCUGCUGUUCUAACUUUCCGUGUAACAAAUUACAACAGGUUAGAACACGUCUUGCCAAACCCCCAACUGCUUUGCUGUGACAGUACACAAGCUGAUGCCAACGCAAAGGAAUUCUGGGUAAACAUGCCAAAUUUGAUGACGCAUUUAAAGAAAGUAUCUGAACAGAAACCACAAGCAACGUAUUAUAAUGUGGAUAUGCUUAAAUAUCAGGUAUCAGCCCAGGGUAUUCAGUCUACUCCAUUGAACCUUGCAGUGAACUGGCGGUGUGAACCUACAAGCACCGAUCUACGCAUUGACUACAAAUAUAAUCUAGAGGCAAUGACUACACCAGUAGCUUUAAACAAUGUGCAGUUCCUUGUUCCCAUAGAUGGAGGAGUGACAAAACUUCAAGCUGUGCUUCCACCUGCUAUUUGGAAUGCUGAACAGCAAAAGAUAUUGUGGAGGAUUCCUGAUAUUUCACAAAAAUCAGAGAAUGGAGGUGUGGGCUCUUUGCUGGCACGAUUCCAGUUAUCUGAGGGACCAAGCAAACCUUCCCCCCUGGUUGUGCAAUUCACCAGCGAAGGGACCACUCUGUCCAGUUGCGAUAUUGAACUUGUUGGAGCUGGGUAUCGUUUUUCACUUAUUAAAAAGAGGUUUGCAGCAGGAAAAUACCUGGCAGAUAACUAACAGAAGUUUAUGCAAGUAUCUGGAAAAUCCAUAUAGCUGAGGACUGCUGUGGGUGAACGGGUUUUAUACGCUGUUUGAGGAAAAACUAAAUCCUGUACUUGGGACAUUUCUGUUGGAAGUGUCAGCAACUUUCAACAUUUUCCCUCAGAAAAUGCCA